AUGGCAGUCAAUCCAUGCUGCUGUUGGAAUAUUAAGGAAGGUGCUGUCACUGUUGGCCUUUGGUCAUUGGUUUAUUCUGUGGCAUCUUUAGUAUUAUUCGGCUGGCAAAUGAGUGUGAUCAGUUCCUGUCAAACUGUAACCAUGUCUCAAAUCAAUUUACAGUGUGAAUAUUGGUGUCCAUGUGUUGGUGCUUCCAAUCAGCGUACGAGUGCCUUGAUACAGGGUUAG